AAAGUCAAUGGGUGUAGUUAAUGAGGAAAUGGGCUUCUGUAGUAAUAAAUAGUCAAGCAGUUGAGAGUGAUAAGAAGAUGUUGCACAAGUGGUGAUUAUAAUUCAAUGUCAGUUUUUGAAUAUUGAACAAAAGUCAAUGCAAGUCAGCGAGCCAGCUGUAUCUGUGUGUGACACGCGGCCCCGAUCCGAACUGUUGGAUAACUCCCAAACUGCUAUAAAAGACACACACACACACACACUAGGCCUCAUUGUCCCAACAAGACCUGAGGUAAAAAAACACAACAACAAGAUUCAAGAAAUGGCCAUCUUCUGUUUCCUUGUAGACCAGAGGAAGCAAGUCCGGGGGAGAAAGCCGGCGGCCGGGUUAUGCUCAAGAUGCGGAGGAGGAGCAGUGGUUGCCGACAUGAGAACCUCCACAAGAUUCUGUGGAGUCCCUUUCUACCGCAAAGCUUGGAAAGCUAUCGUCUGUCAUUUCUGCGGUGCUGUGCUCAAAUCUUACCACUGAGUCUGAUGAACCAACGUUUUUUUGUGUUAAUUCAUUCGUUUUUUUUUUAAUCAACAAGCUACUUGCCAUUGUAUGUCGCUUGAUUGCCUACCUUUGACCCUAGCUAAUGUUUUUGUUAUUCAUUUAUCUCUGUUUCUGAAUAAAACAAGUGAUCCUUUCACUUAAAAA